AUGGUUUCCAAUAAAUUAUCUUCUAAGAAGGCCAAAAGCCAGAAAGAUGAGACCAAACACAAAAAAGCAGCCAAAGCUACUGAUAAAAAGAAAUCACAAAAGCAAAAAACUAGGAGCUCAAAGCAAAAUAAAGAGAUUAAAACCAUAAAUGAUGUUCCUAUCAAUGACUUCAUUAAAGAGCGCAUAAUCCAAUUAAGUUCCAAUGAUUUGUCAGAAAAGAAAGCACAAUUGAUAAGUUCUGCCAUAAAGUCUCUUGAUAUUAUGGCUGGCUUUAAAAAUGAGCCAAACCUUUCCACGUUUAUUGUUGAGCUGGGCACAAUUUUGCUUGAUAAAUCUGGAAGCACCAAUGGGACUUCCAUCAUAAUUCUUACCAAUAACAGAGAAUCAGCGAUACAGUAUGGGGAAACAGCAAAUGAAAUUUUGGACUCAACAAACUAUUCACGUGGAGUAAUUGCUGAAGGGACUAAUACCAAAGGAGAAUCCAAAAAAUUAGAAAAAAGCAUAAAUCUCUUAAUAGCGACUCUCAAUUUAAAAUGGAGAGACCUGGCAAGGGGUUGCUCCCUUACAUAAGCUCAGUCAAGGAUCUUCUGAGGGCUUGGGCUAACAGAGACAAUAUCCAAUGGCGCGGGGCAGUGGGAAAAGAGAGUUCUAAGGGCUAGACGCGAAGGAAGUUCUAACGGUUGUGCAACUGCCGACUUGUCGCUCAGAGCGGAGGUCGUUCUCAAUCAGCAGCUUGCAGAGGAAGAAUAGAUUUAAAUUAUUAAGUAAUCUUAUCAAUCAAUAGCGACUCCUCAAAGAUUAUUAUACCAUCUAUCAAAUACAUCUGAUUUUAAUUAUCAAGAGCUAAAGGCUAUCAUUAUAGAUGAUGCAAAUGCUUUCCUCUCUAGCGGCCUUGCAGAUUCCAUUUCUCAAAUAGAAAAGUUUCUCCCAAAAUCCACACAAAAAAUUGUUUUUUCAGAUACCAGACUCAAUCCUCAAAAUUCAAUAUUGAAUUUAAAUAACCAAAUAGAAAUUGGCUUUGAAAACUCACCAGAUACCGAACAAAGUGGACAGGCUAUCCAAGGCUACGUUAUAGUGAAGCCAGAUCAACGUCUAAACUUAUUAUAUUCUUUCCUCAGAAAGCACCAAGAUAAAAAAAUUCUUGUUUUUUUCAAUUCAUCAAAUUCAGUAAAAUUCCAUAAUGAUUUAUUUUCUCACUUUGGGCUUUCAGUAAACAGCUUGUAUGGCAAACAAAAGCUUCAGGAUAGAGAAGAAAUUUAUAAAUUAUUCUGUGACGCUGAAUUAGGCACACUUUUAUCUACUGAUGUAUUGUUUAAAGGGCUACAAAUCCCAGAUUGUGACUGGAUUAUACAAUACGAACAGCCAAAUUCUGCUGAAGAUUAUGCUAUUAAAAUCGAGAAUGCAGUAAGGGCUAAUAAAGAAGGUAAAGGGUUAAUUUUCCUUCAGCCACAUGAAAAUGGGUUUACCAGAUUUUUAAAAAAUAACUUUGAGUUUCAAUACACACAAAAUAAACUCACAAAUAUUCAAGCUGAAACUCAAAGGGUUAUAGGGAAAAACUAUGAUUUACAUAGAUUUGCAAGAGAGGCUCAUAGAGAUUAUGUUUUGGCAUACCAUUCUAACCAUUUGCAGGAAGUAUUUAAUUUUGACUCUUUGGAUUUAGCUAAAAUUGCGCUGUCUUUUGGAUUUGAGACUCCACCAAGGGUAAAUAUUUAUGAUAAGAAAAAUGAGCAGGAGAACUCAAAACGCGCACAAAAGUUUAUGGAGAAGGAUAUUCUAAAUAAUGAAGAAGAGCAAGCAGAUGAAAAUUCAAUGGAAGAAUAA